CUCUCACCUUGGCCUUCUGGGUCGCCGGGAUGAUAAGCAUGAACCACCAUGCCUGGCUGUGAGGUAACUUUAAAGCAUUCUAGCUUUCUGUUGUAGAUUCUAGCUUUCUGUGUUAGAAAACCAUAUUGUGGAAAAGAUUUCCAGUUGCCCACCUGUUUUACGAUGUACCUGGGACUUGCCUUAAUCACGUACAGUAGGAGACAACUGCUUUAAUCAUGUCACGGAGACAACUGCUUUGAAAGAAGAGUCUUUUAUUUCACAGUUCCCAAUAGGAGGUGGCAUGCUAUGCCAUGCAGGGCCACUUAGGGACGCACUGGAGUUGGUCAGGAGGAAGAAGGAGAGGGGAAAACAUGAGCCAGAGCCUUCGUUGUGUUUUUCAUAGGGAAGCGAUGAGUAAGGUACGGUGGAAAGCUGAGCAAGUUUAGGAUUGGGUAGUUUGAAUAAUUUCAGCAGGCUCCAGGCUCUCAAGAUGGUCCCUAGUUAUCAGGUGCCUGGCCCUGGGGUGAUUGAAAGCAAGGUCAUAGUGUCCUGGGCUCGUUUUCUACGUCCUAAGCAAAGGAGGUAGAUGGGAGGGGCAGUAUGGAUUCAGGAUUGGCUGGUUUGCUUAUCCAAGGUGUUUUCUCAGGCAAGUUGUUUGCUAACUCUAGGAAUUAGCUAACCUUGGGAGGGCACGCCUUCUCUGGGUCUGCAAGGCCCGAAAGUGUCAAAGCAUAAAAUACAGAAAAUAAACAUGGUCAACGCACUACCCAGUAUCUAUUGUCCCUUCUGUAUUUAUAGAACCCAGUUGUGAGAGGGUGCGCAAUGCAUGCACUGCAUUCCUAUUCUUUUCAGUUAGGGGUUGCCAAGGGGCUAUAGGCAGAAGUCACUUGGUGAUGCUCUCAGGGAACUUUUUAUAUGAGUAACUCUUGGGAGGCAUAUCCGGUGUGCUUCCCCAGACUCUCAUCCUACAGCUUUUUCUUUUUUGUCUGAAAUGUGGACAUUUCAUGGCUGGAUUUCCAGUUGCCAUCUUAGACCAUGAGGCAAUCUUCAGAAUGGAAGAUAGAAGAAGCUGGUAUCUGCGAUCACCAUGCAACCACCAUACCAGCCUGGACAGUUUGCCUCUGGACUGCUUUGGGGAACACAAAUUUACCUCUCCUCUAAGCCACUUAUUUGUGUUAUGUACUUAAACCUAAUUCUUCCUUAUUCAUACAUUGUUGACUUUAUCUCUAUAUACGUGAGCAACUCUUUACUCUUACCUUUCUUUUACAUGACCUUCCACGGCAAGAAGAAGUAAAAUCUUAUCGUUAUUCCCACGGUCCUUUAGGUUUUAAACUAAUGUCUCAUUAAAUUUAGGGAAGGGAGUGGGAUAUGAAAAGUACACAAACCUUAGCAAUUAACUUUAAAAAGAGUGAACAUAAGCGUACUUUAAUAUAAACUAAGUACUGUUUAAUUCUGCAUGUAAUCCUGAGUGAAGAUCCUUAAUUAAUAGCCCCUUGUUAAAUAGAGGAGCUCUUAGGUUAAGAACAGAAGUAUUGUUCUUAUGCUUCCCUUGGCAGUAUUACAGCAGACUAGAAAUCCAGAGUGGGUCUGAGACUUCCCACUGCAAGUGCAAGAUCGGGAUGUAAGCCUGGCCACUUUCUGGUGAGGCUUCUCUUGCUGGCUUGUAGCUUACUGCCAUCUCCCUGCAUGUAAGCCAGGCUCCCAAGGAGCAGGCCUUUUCAUUCUAAUCCAGGAUCGAUGGCACUGGACUUUUACAAUUUUAUGCACUUAAACCUCACUCCAGGUGGAUAGUGGCUCCUAGUGGAAUUCCUUUUCUGUAUCUCUGAGUCCUCCCUCCUGAGGAAUGAGACUUUUUACUCUUCUGAGUAAUUCUGAGCCUCCUCCAUUUGGUGCCGCUCAUCUUUCUGUUUUGGGUAGCUCAGAGCCCUACACCCUUUGAAACUGAGUCCAAGUCCUCCAUCAUCUUUGUGACCUAGAUCUCUUCCUUCUCUAUGUGACACUGGACACUACUCAUUUGCAUUUUAGCAAAGAGCUGCUAAGUUUAGGUUCAUAGAUGGAAUGUGACAAUCCAUAUCAUCUGUGAAGAGGACAGACUAACCUGAAAGAGCCAGAGAGGAUUCCCUAAAUUGUGCUGUACGACAGACUAAAUUGGGCAGAGACGAGAGACAGGUACAGUGAAGCAACAGGUAGAGGAGUAGAUUAACGAGAAAAAUAUCACAUCAGUGAGGAGAUUCUACAUAUCAACAGAAAGAACAAAGAUCAGGACUGCCUAGUUGCUGACAUGAUGGGACUCACUGACGGGGUGUUCCUGAUUGUAUGUGGCGCUCAGUUCACACUGGGAAUUCUGGUCAAUGGUUUCAUUGGUUUGGUCAAUGGUAGGAGCUGGUUCAAGACCAAGAGAAUGUCUUUGUCUGACUUCAUCAUUGCCACCCUGGCACUCUCGAGGAUCAUUCUGCUGUGUAUUAUCUUGACUGAUAGUUUUUUAAUAGUAUUCUCUGUCAACGAACAUGAUUCAGGGAUAAUAAUGCAAAUUAUUGAUGUUUUCUGGACCUUUACAAACCAUCUGAGCAUUUGGUUUGCCACUUGUCUUGGUGUCCUCUACUGCUUGAAAAUCGCCAGUUUCUCUCACCCCACAUUCCUCUGGCUCAAGUGGAGAGUUUCUAGGGUGAUGGUAUGGAUGCUGUUGGGUGCACUGCUCUUAUCCUGUGGUAGUAUCGCAUCUCUGAUCAAUGAGUUUAAGCUCUAUUCUGUCCUUAGGGGAAUUGAGGCCACCAGGAAUGUGACUGAACACUUCAGAAAGAAGAGGAAUGAGUAUUAUCUGAUCCAUGUACUUGGGACUCUGUGGUACCUGCCUCCCUUAGUUGUGUCCCUGGCCUCCUACUUUUUGCUCAUCUUCUCCUUGGGGAGGCACACACGGCAGAUGCUGCAAAAUAGUACAAGCUCCAGAGAUCCAAGCACUGAGGCCCACAAGAGGGCCAUCAGAAUCAUCCUUUCCUUCUUCUUUCUCUUCUUACUUUACUUUCUUGCCUUUUUAAUUGCAUCAUUUGGUAAUUUCCUACCAAACACCAAGAUGGCUAAGAUGAUUGGCGAGGUAAUGACAAUGUUUUAUCCUGCUGGCCACUCAUUUAUUGUCAUUCUGGGGAACAGCAAACUGAAGCAGACAUUUGUAGAGAUGCUCCGGUGUGAGUCUGGCCACCUGAAGCCUGGAUCCAAGGGACCCAUUUUCUCUUAGAGUAACAGAGGGCCUGGGGUGGAGCCCGUGAGCCUUUUGCCUGGCUCAAGACUAUGGGAUUCUUCCUGACCCUCCCAUGAUACCAGUUCCAUAACAUCACUAGGAGAGAAACCCUGACUGCUUUGCCCCUGGUCCCUGAGGACCUCUACCAAGGUGAAAGCUAUGCUUCUCACGACCUCUGUCUGUAUGGUGGUUGCGGAAGUGGGGAGGGCGCAGGAGUAGUAGUGUUUUGGAAGUGACAAUGUUGUGAGAACACUCUCACUAUAAACACACGGUGCUGUAUUUCAAUGAUCAUCAGCUCCACACAAUGAGUCUGAUUACUAGUUUCAACUUAAAUUAGAUACUAACAGUGAUAAACAUAAAAUUACAUAGUAGACUUGAAGGAAAGAGCAAAAGUUUUGCAGUCCUGUAGAUGUGGGCUCGAGUUCUGAUUCUGGCCAAGAUUUUUGGCCUCAGGUGAGUUACUUUAAUUACCUGUCUGAUCCCCUCUUCUGAUCCCUACUGGCCAUUUUAGCACAGUGUGUUAUGUAAAGUACUGAGUAAGUGAAGGCUGUUAUUGUGCUAAUAUUGGAUUGUGCAGCAACAGCAAUUUCCAUAUGAUUCCAGUUUCCACAAACCCAUUGUGUAAUGAUGAAAACAGUGGAAAGAAAAUUAAGACCUUUAGAUUCUAGAUUCCAAUUCAAUCUUGCAUUUCAUGAUCAUUUUGCUGAAGUACAUUUUCAAGUAAUUAUUUUGUAGAUUGACCAAAAGACCAAGUGGUUUUGUUUUUAUUUUCGACCAAGAUGCCUACCUGGUUUUAAAGUUACAGUUUUAUCAAAUGUAAUAUAAGCAAAUUUUAUGUUUAAUCAAUUUUAUUUAAACAGAAGUAUAUAGAUGCUGAUUUACUUCCAGUUAUUAACAAUUUUGACAUGUCAAUGAAAAGAUAUUGCUUAAUAUCCUGAAGAAUUCUCAAAUUUGUAAACAUAUUCAGUUAAUACAUAUGGCAUUAUUCAGAAAUGUGGAUUUCUAGUCCUAAUGGGACUCUCAGAAGUGGAUUGUUGUGGCUAAGAAUGUGGACCCUGAAGCCAGACAACCCGUGUUUAAAUUUGGCUUUGGCCCUUUUGAACUGGGUGACCUUGGGGAAACUUCCUAACCAGUCUCUAUUUAACUUUCUUCAUUUGUAAAAUAGAAAUAGUAAUUGUGUGCGUAUGUGUGUUGGGAUAAAGUUGUUGGAAGGAAUGAGUGAAUUAACACAUGAAAAGUGCUGUCCUACAUGGAGUAAACACACAAUAAAACUGCUAUCGUUGUUAUUUUGUGAAAAGGAGCAUAUUUUGACAUAAUAAAAAGGACUAUAUUUGGACAUAGCAUGAAUGUCCAUUACAUUACUGGACAUUUGGUCAUAUGUAACCGGAAAUUAACAUUAGGGUUGUUCUGGGAUUUAUAUCUUAAUUUCUAAAAUGACGGGAAAACAUUUCCUUUGGUCUGCACAGUUUGCAUUAUCCCAUUGGAUUAAACACCUCCCCAACCAGCAGGUGGGGGCUCAGGAGAAAAACCAUAUUACUGAUAGAUAAAAUAAAGAACUGACUUGUUUUCAGCACAUUUGAGCUUGUAGAGUGAGUAAAUUUUGUUGGCCACACUAUCAUUAAAUUGUCAUUGUGACUUGGUGGAGCUGGGUCAAUCGUCUGAGCAACAUUUCCAGGUUAACUCUGAAAUACAUAUUUUCAGAAGUUGAUGAGUGGAGUUUCUUAGCCGUGUUCUGUCUGAUCUCAGUUUCCAUUUGUGGCCAGACAGGGUAUUCAUAGCCAGAGAGGAAGGAUUUCUGAGUUAUCCUUGGCUUUUCAGGCUUCUCCCCUUAUUGCCCAGCUGGCAGAUCCCCCUUGAAAAAAGGAUGAGCGCUGCCUAGCUUCUGGAUGUUGCUGUAAUAGCCCAGGAAUGAAUACAUUUCUCACUUCAUUUUGAUUCUGGCUAGCCUUGAUUCCAGUUCAUUCCUUCCUGCCACAAACAUUUAUUUAACACUUACUGUGUACCAAGCACUGUACGAGACCAAGCACUGUACGAGACGCUUGUUCCUUGAACACGGUUCUGUUCUCAAAAACAUUUCUUAGUGGGCCAUAAAGACACAGUAACAAGUAUUUAAUUGCUGCAUCACUGAAACAGGUGCUUCAGGUACAAUAAAGGGAUCAUCCUAUCUUGAGGGUCCUGGUGCAGGUGAUGUUUGUCUCUAGACCCCUUUUGUGUCAGCCUUGAAAAUGUGCACUCAGAUCUCUGCUGUGGAGGCUCAAUUGGCUGAUGGCUCCAGCUUGGGAGAUCCACUACGGUGAGGCCA